CACAUGCGGAGAAGCAACAAGCUACCGAACCAGCAGCAACAGCUAGCAGCCCGCAGCUAGCUCUGUCGGGGACGCGGCGUAUUAACAUGCAAAAGUUUAGAAACAGAAAUCCUCGUCCUGAGUAGAGACAAGAGCAACGCUUGGUGAGACCUCAGACGGCCGUAGAGACCAUGGGCAAUAGCUGGCGUUCGUUAUAGCUAGUUAUUUGGGUUAUUUGAAAGCUUCAAAUGUGUGAAAAGUCGCUCGGUCCUCGUCGUUGAACAAGAUGGCAGCAGCAGCAGCAGCAGCUACAUCGUUGCAGGAUUUGACUGUGGUGCGGCUCCUCGUUGCUAGCCUGUUCCUUGACGCUCUGGGUGAUAUGAUUCAUAGGUCUUACUGAAGGUAUGGCCUCACAAGUUUUGAUCUACCCAUCACACCUGCACUCAGCUCAGACAAGUGCCUUAGGAACCAGCAACAGUGGUACCAGUAGACACAAAGACGAAGCUCACCGCAGUGAUAACACCAGCAGAGCCUUACAGCACCGACCCCCUCCCAAGACCUAUGUGAUCGGAGUCAACUACGGUAUUGCCUAUCCCAACAACGUCAUCCCAUCCUCAACAGGUGCUGAUUCGGUGAGACUGCACAGGGGACUGCAGCUUGGAGAGAGGGAGGCGUGGGCUCUGCCGACUGCACAAUUACAGAGAGAGGAGAGCUGGGAGAGACGAGCAAAAGCUCCUUCUGGGAUCGAAGAGUCCCUUAGUCUGAGUAGAACCAGUGUUGGUAGCCCACCAGGAGGAGGCCUGGACUGCGGCCUACUCAGGAGAGCCUGCAUCCGAACAGAGGAGGAAGCAGUUAGAAGCAGAACAAUACAGGCUAGAGGAGGAUACGUCACCCUUGUAGACGCAGCUGCUACCCAGAGAUGUGAACAGAAAGCAGGUGAAGGUGGAGAGCAUCCGCGGGACAACAACUGUGUCGGAACCAUGCAGAUAGUGGAGGAGGUAUCUGCCCUACCUUCACUUCCUCCCCCUGUGGCCAUGUUGCAAACCAGCAAAGGGAACAAUGCGGAAACACUCAGAGUAGGGGAUGGUGGGACACUGCCAACUCAACACAACAGGGUUGAGGCGGUGACAGGCAUGAGGGUCAGGGUUGAUGGGACUGAAACCGGCCCUAAUGGCAGUACUGAGACAGCAGCAGGAGCUACAGUGAGCAGAAGUGGAUCAGGAGACGGUGACUAUCAGUUAGUUCAACAUGAGGUUUUGUGCUCUCUAAAGAACAGUUAUGAGGUAUUGGAGUUUCUGGGCCGUGGCACGUUUGGACAAGUGGUGAAAUGCUGGAAGAGGGGAACGAAUGAAGUGGUGGCUGUCAAAAUACUGAAGAACCACCCAUCCUAUGCACGCCAGGGACAGAUUGAGGUGGAGAUCCUGGCACGGCUGAGCAGCGAGAAUGCAGAUGAGCACAAUGUGGUGCGUGCUCUAGAGUGCUUUCAGCACCGCAGCCAUACCUGCCUUGUGUUUGAGAUGUUGGAGCAAAACCUCUACGACUUCCUCAAACAGAAUAAAUUCAGUCCACUGCCACUCAAAAUCAUCAGGCCUAUUCUGCAGCAGGUUGCAACAGCCUUAAAGAAGCUGAAGUCUCUGGGUUUGAUCCAUGCUGACCUGAAGCCAGAGAACAUCAUGCUGGUGGAUCCCACUAGACAGCCCUACAGAGUCAAAGUCAUUGACUUUGGUUCGGCCAGCCAUGUCUCCAAGGCUGUUUGCUCCACUUACCUGCAGUCCAGAUACUACAGGGCUCCAGAGAUUAUUUUGGGACUGCCAUUUUGUGAGGCCAUAGACAUGUGGUCACUGGGCUGUGUGAUAGCUGAGCUCUUCUUGGGCUGGCCACUCUACCCUGGAGCGCUGGAGUACGACCAGAUCCGGUACAUCUCUCAGACUCAGGGCCUGCCUGCCGAGCAGCUGCUCAACAAGGGGACCAAGACAUCUCGUUUCUUCUCCAAAGAGUCUGACUCUCCCUAUGCCACCUGGAGAUUAAAAACGACAGAGGAGCAUGAGAAAGAGACGGGACUUAAAUCCAAAGAGGCCAGAAAGUACAUCUUCAGCUGUCUCGAUGACAUAGCACACGUGAACCUGGUGCUGAGUCCUGACAACAGUGACAUGCAAGCAGAAAAGGCAGACAGGAGAGAAUUUGUGUCUCUGCUAAAGAGCAUGCUGCUAAUCACCGCUGAGGAAAGAACUGUUCCCUCCAGCGUCCUCAGUCACCCCUUCCUCACUAUGACUCAUCUGCUGGACUACCCACACAGUAACCAUGUGCAGUCAUCUUUCCGCAUCAUGGACAUGUGCCACAGUCGGCCCACCAAUGCAGUUUUUGACGCUCUGAAUCAGAACACCAUUCAUUUCUCAAGGCCUCCUAUAGCCCCCACUGCCUCUUCUGGCCUCCCUCUGGGCUACAGCAACAUACCAGUCCACACUCAGACUAUAACCCAGUCAGCUCCCUCAGUGUUGCAUCCUGGGAUAGCUCUAGCAACUGGGAAUGGUCAAUUUGGUUGCAGUGACUCAUUCCCACCUGCCCUUCUUCUUUGUCCUCCCACCAUGCAAGGAAACCUUAACCAACCAACAGGGUAUUCUGUUCCAAUGGUAACUCAGGCACCUCCCAUUCAGCCCUUGCCAGUGAGGCCUGGUAUAAUUGCUCAGCAGGCCUGGUCUAGCCGUGGGCAGCAGCUCCUCGUACCAGCAGCCUGGCAGCAGAUGACUCCAGUAGGUCCUCCUCCCUCUCACCCCCCUCCACCUCCCCCAUCCUCCCUUACUAAUGAUGCCACAGCUGGACCACAGAGGAUCGGCGACUGGGGGAAAGUGCGUCCCUACACUUCAGUGAUGCAACAGCCUCUCCUGACUAAUCAGAUGUCAGCCCUCUCUGCCCAUCAGCCAAUCAACAUUGGCAUAGCUCAUGUUGUGUGGCCACAGCCAGCCAAUAAAAGGAACAGACACAGUUACAACAGGAACUUGUCACACCUCAACAACACCCACAUAUCAGCAUGUCGGACCCCCAAAAUGGCUGAUGUAGUUAACCAGGCAGCGGCACAAAGGGAGCAGUCUCAGACGGAGGUGCCUCUGGUCGAAACCAGGCAACCAGAAGUUCACAACACCGGAGAAGAGGUAGAUGGUGUAGAGGAGGAAGUAAGCUACUUUAAGGAGGUGGUACCUAAUGGUAACAGCCAGCUGGACCGGUCGGGUCAGCAACAGCGAGAUGUGGCAGUUCUGAUGGGCGACACACCAAGCCCUGCUCCCAGUGUGAUCAGCAUCCACAGUGAACUGACUGAUGGAGAGGAUGAGGGGGAUGAUGAACAUCCGAGAUGUCAUCUGAGCGAGUGUAAAGAGGAGUGUGUGUGUGAGGCUUGCAGAAACACCAGUGUGUCUAUGGAGAGAGUGUGUUCCCUCAGCAGCCCCGACAGCAGCCUUAGCACCAGUUCUUUUGCAUCCAACUCACUCCAGUCCAGCCCCUCUGUCUCACCAUGCAAGAGACCUAACAGCAUGUCUGAGGAUGACGGCCAUGAGAGUGGUUGUGACACAGUGGAAGGCUCCCCAGCAUCUGACACAUCCACCUCCCCACGUGACAACAGUACAUACCGGUACCUUGACAAUAAUAACCACAACAACCACCCACCUUUGGCUGCCAUGGUAGCGCCACUGCCUUCCCCUGCAGUGCAGGGCAGGAGUCCCCGUGGUGUCAGGACAAUGGUGGUUCCACCAAUGAGAGUGCAGAACAACAACACUCAAGGAGUAGAGGAGCGUGUCCUGAGAACUGUCUCAGAGUCUUGGUCCCGGUCCAAAGGGCGCUGCAGCCUCGUAGGACAACACAGCACUCCCUCCUCCGUCCCCCUCCUUCAAUCCGUGCCCCCGCUAUCCCGACAGCAGGUGAACGGGCAGCAACAGCAUCCUCUGGGCUUUGGACAGGUGCAGCCGUAUGGUUCAAACCACAGCAACAAAGAGUGGAACGGCAACUAUGGGCCUCUGCGCCCGCACGCCUACAUCCCCCCUACUGUCCACACACACACCUUCACACACCUGCCGCACAGCAGCCCCACGCACACUUCAGCCGGCCCGCACACACACACCCUGCUGUCCUACCCACCCAGUGGCCCCCUUACCGCAGCUCCCCACCCUCACCCCAUCCUGCCCUCUCGCCCUCCUCCCCCUCUCCUCCAGCACAGCUACAGUCUCUCCCACCCUCAAGGAGGCGCUGUAGUUCACCAGGUGACCCUGGGCAUCAGCACCCAUCCCCACCACCCUGGACACCCCGCUUCCCACCCACACAGGCUCCUCCCCUCCCCAACCAUUCACCCACAUCCUCAGCCCAGCUAUGCCCCCCACCCCCACCAAUUCAAGCCUCCCUUUCCCCCUCAUCACCCUUACAUGGCCUCCCCCGCAGCCUACACAGGUUUUCCUCUGAGCCCCACCAAGCUCAGCCACCACCCCCAGUUCUCUUAUAUCUGAGGAGCAGGUCGGGGCCGCAGCAGUACCUUCUGGUGAGGAAAGGCAAUGGGAAAUGGAGGGGGGCUGCGACCUGGGCAGGUAGAGCUAGCACCAGAGCACACAGUGGACACUUGUGAUGAGGAAGAUGAUGACAUUGUGGUUAACAAUAGGAGAAUGGUUAACAAUGUAUCAUAGGGGAUUAAGAACGAAAAGUAACAAUGCUGAAGAUAAUGUUUUCUGGUGACACACAGCUUCUGUAAUCUGGAGGUUUAUGUCAAAAGUCAUGGAUGGGUGUUUGUCAGAGCAACAUGAGCUCUGAGGGACCUCCCUUGCAAAAUCACAUCAGUGAACAGAGAAAAUGAUGAUUGAUUCAAUUGCAAAGCUUUACAAGUGCACAUCACAAGAGUGAAUGAAUUCACAAAUGAUGACGAUAAGGAAAUUUUAAUUAAGAAUGUGUCCUGUGCACAUUACCUCCUGUCAUUUGUUGUUUGAGUAGUGUUCAGAGAAUAUGAUCUAAUUAGGGGCUGGGAAUCAUUUUUGUUGGUGUUGCUGUCAGGGCGUUCAGCCUUCCCUUCCCUUUAUCUUUGUUGCCUUGUAGCAUGUACUAGCCCGUCAGAUCUGUUUCUUAAGCCAUCCCAGUCUGUAUUAACCAGGAUUGAACGCUCCUGUAUUUGUUAGAGGCAGUCUUAACUGCUGCCGUCUCCUAGUGCCUUAAAACCAGAGUCUAUGACGUUACUUCAGGAGCUAAUAGAUUGUACAUUUAAAUGGGCUUGCAGCACUUAACUUUCAGACUCUGAAUACGAUGGGCUUAUUGGAUGGAUAUGAGGAUAUUGAUUGUGGUUAUGUUUUAAUAUUGUUGGACUCAGUUUGCUUUCUAACUCAGAGAAUGGAUUUACUUUAGCUACAGGCUGCACAUUUAGGGCUUUGACUGAAUGAGCUUUUUAUGUACAUAAAGAGUGAUUUGAUAUUUUGAUAAUCGAUUUCUAUUCACUAUAGUACUUAAUUCAUAACAGUAUUGUCACUGUUUACUGUAACUGCAAUACAAUCUAGAUAGCCUCUGGGUUGCUGUGUUUUUAUUGUUUUGCAUUUAGGCAUUAAUGCAUUUAUGUUUAAGUUUUUGGGAGUGGCAUAGACAAAAAAAAAGUGUUUUUACUUCUAAAUGCUUCUCAGUGUUUGAAAUAACCUAUCAACUUACAGUAUCAUUGCUGGGCUAUGAGUGUUAGAGGUGUAUCAAUAAUUGUUUCAAAUAUUUGUGUGUGACGAUUACGUUUUGUUCAUGUAUUGAAGCCUGUUUCUCAGUUUUGAUACAUUCCUUCAGGGUGGAUGCAUAGCCUUGAUUUUCUUGGUUUUGUUUGAUUUCCAGUGUGUAGUAGAGCUGCGUCUUUACCUGUCAUAUCAGCUGGUAUUUUACUCCAAUCAGCACCAAAGACUGUUUAUUAAUCAUUUCUGAAGCAUGGUCGAUACUAUUUCUCCUUUCACCUCCAGCAUACUGUUGCAGUUAUCAACAUUGGAAUAUAUUGUGAGAUCUCUAUUUUAAAAAUGAGGUUGAGGUUUUAUUUUUCUGAGCUGUUUGGCAAAUUGUAUUUGGAAUGUAUAGAUAAUAAGCUGCUAUGUACUGAUUAUCUGCCACUUCGUAGCUGUGAAUUUAGAGGAUUAAUCUGAUUCUAGCCUGCAUUCUCUCUUUUGUAUUGUAGUUUUCACAACAACUAGAUACAAUAGAAGUGGGUUUUAUUUUAAAAUAUAUUGAAUGCUAUUCCUUUAUGCUAGUGCCUCUGUAUAUUGGCUUUGUUGUUUUGAAGUGACUGUAAACUGCUGUAAUGGAAGUUAUGAGUUUCUUUUCUUUUAAAUUUUGUUGCUUUUUGGUGUGUGUGUGUGUGUGUGUGUGUGUGUGUGUUUGUUUGUUUGUUUUUGUGUGUGUGCAUUUAGCAUCAGUAUUUCAAACGUAGGCUGGGUUCACUCUUGGAUUCUGUAACCGGUGUGUCAUUGAUGUAUUAUCGCUUUCUUCUGAUGACAUGGCUUUUUUUCCGUUAUGGACUGUAUUCGCAGCUCUUCGUACUGUACAACUAGUGCCUUUCUUCAAACAUGUGGCUGACAGAUGACGUUUUGCAUUGAUAUCAAAGCAGUCAGAAAAAUUUGUAGAUGAAUUCCUUACAAGGGGAUCAACUCCUAUUUUGACAUCAUGAAACCCCAAAGUUUUUUGUUUGUUAGACUGAAAUGAGGUCUUAAAACACUUUUUUUUUUUUUUUUUUUAACAGAAUCCUAAGAAAAGUAUAAGUCAGGGAAUGUUUUAUUGCACUCACCAAGAACACCGUGCAGUACUCAAGAACAUAGGGCCUCAAUAUACACAAAUGCAAAGCUUUAUUCUCACACCGUGAAUGUAUUUGUGGAAAUCGAGAUGGUUUUUGGUUUUCAAAUGAAUUAUUUGUUGCAUUUCUGAUGGCUACACAGAAUUUUCUCUCAUUUUGUGAUUGGGUUGUUGAAAGUUCCUGUAUGCAGCUAAUACCAUAGGUAGAUAUCAUCAUGUGUUUCAGUCGGGGUUCUUUCAAAAAUGCUUUAUCCAUCAAUCAUACUCAAAGUUUAGGUCCAAAGCUGUCCCAUCCUUGUCUUCAAAAGCAUACUGCUGCCACUCUGACAAAGAUAUUUGUUCAGUUUUGUAUCUAGAGAAACUAUUGUUGUUUUUCCAAGAUCCUACAAGAAGUGAUUUUAUCAAAAAUUAAAUAAUUUGGCACCUAGUAAUUAGAAGAAAAGCUGUCACAGUAACAUUAAAAAGAUCGUGUUGGAACAUGAAAAGGAUCUUUGGGAAAACGUUAAAAAUUUCUCAUUUUAAGUGAAAAUAUUUGUCAUGGUGGCAGUAGCACACUGCCGCACUCAUUUAUGUAAUGUAUUACAUUGUAAUGGUUUUUGCUUUGUUGCUUGUAAUGGUUGGUGUAUUUUUGUGUGUUCGUCUAUAAUGCUACUGUGUUGACGAUCCUUAGACAAACAAGGGGCUGCACUGUUCGGUUUGGAGUGCAACCUAGAAUUAUAACUGAACAGUAAUCUGUAUUUCUAUUCCCAUAUGUCUAUGUGCUUUAUGUCAGCUCAGCACCUGUGAUGAGAUAAACACAUGUCCCACAUUUCGAUCCCACCCCCACUUUGGAUUGAUUGCUUGGGAUAUAUAAUCCUGCCUCCCUGCAGCCUUUAUGCUGAAAGUUGCAUCGUUAAAGUCACCAGUAGAUCACACAGUCCCAGAUUCAAAGCUCAAAAAGCACAUGGAGCCCAGCAGCCUUAAGUAACAUAGCAGGCCUGAUGACUGUUUUUAUAUAUAUAUAUAUAUAUAUAUAUAUAUAUAUAUAUAUAAAAAAUAUUAGAGGGAAAUUCAGUUUACUGAAACACAAAGUACAUUGAUAAUUUUUUGGGAUAUGGCAAUAAACAAGGAUUGGGUCCAAUCUGUGUUCAUCAAAUCUCAGCAGGGUAGGCUGUACUCUGCUGACAGAAAAUAUGUUUUCUAGUCUCUGUAGGCCUGCUUUUACUGGGACCUCACAUGACAAUUACCAGCUCAACAAACCUGGCUCUGAGCUUCUCAUUUGGGUACUGGGCUGAAAAAUACACAGUGCGAGAUCUGACUCCCAAGACACGUUUUAAAGGUAGAUUUUGUACCGCAACUAUGUAAUUAUCGGGUUGACAUUUAAUGUAUUUAGACACAAUUGUGUAGACAUGAUUGCUAAAUUGAAACUGUUACUGUUCUAAAUAUGUGUAGAUCUGUGUGGCUUUAUGAGUUUAUGUUUUGAUUUUUCUUAAAUGCUACACUAGUUUGACAUGUAGCAACUGCACUGUGCAAUAUUCAACAAUAUGAGGACUGGGAAAAUGAUUAUUGUUUGGAUGUAAUAAUGUGUGUCUUACCAGUAUGCGGUAGUUUAAUUUUCCCCCCUCUAGUUCUCAGUGAGUUUUAAUGUGACCAAGCCUUAUGUACUUUGUCACAAAAAGCGGGUUCCUUCUUGGUGACUCUUAUUGGUGAGUGUCAAAUUAUGAAUUGAUGGUGUACUAUGUCAAGAUUCACUUUGAAUUAAAAAAGAUCUUUUGCUUCA